AUGUCACUGCGUGGUCCUCGUCCAGCCGGGUCCAAGGCAUCUGUCCAGUCGACCUCGGCGUCCUCCUCAAUGACCCCUUCUCCUGGUGCAUCUACUACCCUCACAGCUGGUAUGAGCAUCUUCACACCGGAUACCAGUGUCACAUCCCCUCCGCCAGCAUCGUCAUCGACAAUGACUACCCCGUACUCACCAUACUCUGCUGUGACGACUGCCACGGUUCUGGCCUCUCAGCAAUCGCAGAUGACACCCGUCAGCGCCUCUCGGACCCGGAACUCGUCUAUUUACGGAAAAUGGGAACCUCUUUCCUGCAUCAUAUACGGUGUCGUCUCAUACCCCUUCAAUAUCGCUCAGCAAUCCCAAUCGCUAGCGCGCUCGGCGUCAUCUCGAAGACCCGUCACAAGGGUCAACGGUGCCGUCGCUAGGAAGCCAGUACCCGGCGCCGGGAGCGAGGACCAGAGCCAUCUAGCUCCGCUUACGGAGGACGACGUAGGAGAGCGAGAGGGCAGAGACUGGAGCGAGUUUCAAGGUGUUGAGGUUGGUGAUGAAGUAUAUGCGUUUGAGAGAUACGUCAAGAAUGAGGGAUCCCACGUGUGGUAUCGAGGGUAUGUCGCACGAUAUCCAACUGUGCCCCCAUUAGCAACCAGCGCCUCCUUACUUGGAGGGCAACCGACCCGAACUGUACCGACCGGGGUACUGGAUAACCCCGAAGUCUUCGUCUCCCUCUUUCCAGCCAGCAUCAUCCACGUCCGUGACCAACUGAACGAUUACGAUGAAGGCAAGCUUGCCGACGCCUACCGAUCCUUGCGCGCUGGGAUGGAUGCCCCGGGAGGCUCAAUCCCUGGUCUGACAGGACGGCCAAUGGAAACGCUCAAGGAGGAAGAUGAGAGUGUGGACGGUUCCGUCGUCACACCAGGAGAUAAGAAAGCCUUCCGUGCCAGUGUCAGCUCGCGGUUCACUAACCAUGCGCCGAACGGCACUCUCAUACGAACCAAUCACCCAUCGGCCAUCCCGCAUCCUGCAAGCAGUGUGGAGAAGCCACCGCGACCGUUACCAAGUUUUAAAAUUCAAGACGAUACUUCCUCUGGAGCAGAACAACCCCUAGUCGACGAAAUCGCAGCAGCGUUGCGCGAGUGGCAUGCGCUGUUGUAUGUCUAUCUAAGUCGGCGCGACUACCGCUUGUUCCAGAUCGUCCAGGGCCACAUCGAGGCUUUGCACCUUGGUCGGCGGCAGUUGCUCGCCAACACCCUCGGUAUGGAGGAGACAAUCAAUUUGCGGCGGGAAUGCGUAGCCCGCCUUGUCAAGGGCAACGUUGUUCAAGGCUUGGAUGUAAUCGUUCGACACCCGGCAUGGGGUGGCCUGGUAACCGUUGACGUGGAGGAUGAUGUCGACGCCCGCUCAUGGAUGAGUGCUGUGCGCAUGUAUGCCAUGCAGGCGUCUCUCGCAUACACCGACGCCUCUCCCGGUGGCGGGCCGUUGUAUAACUUCAGGGGCUCCGCCCUGACCAACCUGAAGGCUCUAACUGCUGCGGCGAAUUCACCUUUACCUAGUGCGCUGUUCUCACCACCCCCCAUGAGCCUGCACGGCCGCCAAGGCUCCGAAGAGAUUCUAAGCCCGACCGCCCGGUACCUCGAAUCGAAAGGGAAGCCACAAACCGGAGCAAAGUUUUACCACGUCUUCCUUGAGCUGCGCGCGUUUGUAGCAAGUAUAUGCGCGCCAGGUGAGACAGUCGAACUCUACUUCAGCUUGUACGACAAAUCUGCCAACCCGCCCCGGUUCCUUACUGAAGAGUUCUGCACUGUGCUCAAUCACCGUGGUGUAGCUGCAAGGGAGUGGAACGAGCAGGGUACGAUGGGCCGCAUGCGCACGCUAUUUACCGAACUGGGGGAGCAUGAUGUGCAGGAGGCGAUCUACCUCGUCUGCCGGAUCAUUCGCAGUGGCUCACUGAAAGCUGGUCAGGAGGCGAGCAGCUCCGGGGCUAGUGGGCGCAGGGGUUCAUCAGACCUCUCGAGCAUGCUUGCUCCUACUAGGGGAGAUGACACCGCAGCCCAAUCGCAGACUGGAACGAACUCGGUUGGGGGACGCGCAGUCACGCCGUUUGGCCUGCGAACGGCUGAGAGCCAGCCGACCUACUUUAGGAGACCAUUUGGAUGCGCGGUGCUCGAGCUGAGCCAGCUUACGAAGAUGAGCGCGGACAAGAGCGACACGAGCAAUUUGCGCGAGCAUGUCAUGCCUAUCUUUGUCCCUGCAAAUGAGGGCGCAUUCACCACUCUGCAUCAGGAGAUAAUCGGCAGUCGGACAAAGGAGUUCGAUAAAUCUCCGAGGGCCGAGCGAUUAGGGGUUAAUAUCAAGGUGUUCUUUGGGGAUGCCAAGACUAUCAUCCGAGAAAACCCGUCUCUAUUGCACGAGACACCCAUCACAUAUCGCCUUGGUUUCCCAGAUGUGGUCUUCCCGAGUGACGUGCGAAAUGAUGUGUACAUCAAACUCUGGUCUGGCGAGUUCAUCAGUGGUGGACUGACCACUGCCACUGGCGUAUCCGCCCUUCGUCAAUCUAUCUCGCGCGGCGCAAGCGGUAACAUUCAAGUCACCAUUGAGGUGAGGACCGCUGCUGGUGCAACCGUGGAGGGUUCAAUUAGCAAAGGAGCCGGUGAACCACCGAUGACUUACUUCCACUCCCUCGUGUUCCACAAGAAUAAUUCACCAACCUUCGGUGAAUUGCUCAAACUUCAGCUUCCACCCGACCUCCUCCAGAGUUGCCAUCUCUUCUUCACCUUCCGGAACCGCCGAGUUCCGGAUCGUAUCAGUACAACUAUCAACACUGCGACACGCAGUACCUCGACGGAUGUGGCGGAUCGACCUUUCGCAUUCGGUUUCCUCCCGCUGUUCCCUGACGGCAAGGCCUUCGUGAAAGAUGGAGAACAUGUUUUAGUGCUGUACAAGGCCGAAAAGCUUCAGCAAAUUAUGGCACCAGACUACCUCGAUGGGCCUUGGUCUUGUGCAGAUAGGACCAAACUCGAACAGAUUGUCGUGCCUCCAAAUUUGGCUAAAUCUGCAACCAUGACAAGGGAUUCGCUCAUCAUCAGAUCAUACCUUUGCUCGACGCGCUUCACGCAGAACUCUGUCUUACUCGAGCUUCUGGCCUGGGAACAGCUGUCCAGUGCCCAGCAAAUUCUUGCCGUGCUCUCAAAAUUUACUUUUGGUGGUGAAGGAGAGAUCGUAAAGUUCCUGCGCGACAUCUUCGACUCGUUAUUCGCUAUCCUCGUCUCUCCCCAUAAUCAGCACGGCGAUUUAGAUGAUGCUGUCUUCAAUUCCCUUGUCACCGUUCUGGGUAUCAUCCAGGAUCGUAGGUUCACCAACUUCCAGCCUGUGCUGGAGGUUUACAUAGACGAACAUUUUAGCUGCGCGCCUGCCUCCUCGCACCUCAUCCAUUCUAUGAACCGCCUUCUCGCGAAUCCGGCUGGAGCAGAAACCGCAACCAAACUACGGUCGGCUUUCAAAGUGUGGCACUACCUUUUCCAAUUCGUCAUGCGCGCUCGGGCCCUUCAGAAGAGCAAAGAAGUCGGGAUGGGUGCCACUGCUGAACAUCUCGAAACCCAGUUUAAGAAAGAACUUCGACAACAUCUAGCCGAGAUCAAUCGGCUAAUGUCACUUUCCGUACCCGCAUCCAUCGGUACACAAACCUUCGCACUGCAAAACUUCACCUCCAUUCUUCCCGAUCUGGCAGAAACCUUCAGCAGUACCGAGCUCGUGGGCAUUGCCACCGGAUUUGCCAACUCCAUUGUUGCUUCUCGGGGUCCGAAUGUCAUAUGGAAGUUGCUCAUGUAUCUCCAGCUUGUUCAAGGAUUCCUCUUCGAUGACCCCCUAUCCCGAACACCACUCAUCGAGUCAGUUGUGAGCUGGGUCAAACCACACUUCGGCAAAUAUGACGAGUACGUGCAUGUUCAAGCAGGAGAGUCCGAAAAUGCGAAGGACAAGGCGCGUAUUCAAUGGCUAGAAGGCACUCGGCUUUGCGUUACCAUCAUGGCGAUAAUGCUGGACAAGAUUGACACGAGCUUGGUGGAUCCAGCCGUACGUGCUGACAGAAAGGCGUAUAGAGAAGAACAAGACAAUGUGGAAUAUAUGCUGCCACUCCUUCCUAAAAUCCUUGAAUCAUACCGGGAGCUGCAAAGCACAGCUUCUCGACAAACCAUCGCCCGCAGCAAGUCUGUGAUAGCUACGGGUUCGUUGGCCCCGGUCGUCUUCCCUGCUUCAUAUCCUUUUGCACUAGUUGCCAGCAGUCCAGCGGCUUCUCAGGGGUCAGGAUAUAAGAGCCCUAUCAUAGGCGCAGACUUCAGUACCUUUUUCAACUCCACUCUGGCAGAAACAGCCAUAGUCCUGCUUGUCCUCAUUCUGUCAGCCUCGCCGAAGUAUCUUCUUGGUUUCUUCGAGUUCUUGCUGGAAGUCGAAGGCAAUGAGAACUUUUCCCGUUUCCUCUCACAAUUCUUCAAAGUCGCAAUCUCCAUUCUCAGCAACGAGGCGUUUCCAAGCACCUGGCUCAACGUGAAUAUCCUCGCGCAUAAAGUCAUCUUGAAAAUCGCAGCUCCCAUUUCCGAUGUCCUGAUACGUCAGUAUAUCCCGGAUCAAAACAUGACCUAUCAAUUCAAUUCGACCAUGUGGCAGGAUGCAUUGCUCAUGUUGUUCAAGCUCAUGUCAAGCCCGCAACUGCUCAUUGAAGAUUUCAGCCCUCAGAAGCGGCGCGCGGUGUGGCGGCUCGCCGGUGACCUCCGCGUCGAAGGCGCGGCUAUUAUUACCCGGAUGUGGGAUGCUCUCGGAUGGCCAGAACAGGUUUCAGCCGCGAAUGGCGUUAUCGGGCGAUUCGGAGGGUAUCAAGUUGCUUUGGCCGGUCUGGUUGAUCAAGUGCUAGGGUUGUGUUUGUCGCACCACGAUGAGCUUCGCAAUGCCGCAGUCGAGAUACUAUACAGCAUGAUCGUCUCUGCAUUUCGUCUGGAGGGCCAUUUCAACGCCAUUGAAAACGAACUGAUCAACACACUCGACAAACUCUUCAUGUCUGAUGUCAAGGGCGAUCAGAUCGCACGUGACUUCUUCAUCGGCCAUCUUCGGUCGCUGUUUGAAGCAUCAAAUAUCGACGAGGCCCUCCGUGAGCGCGUGUCCGAUUUCCUCGAGUCUGUUGAUCUAUUCCUGGAGCUCUUGCUCAACGUUCGAGAACUUCCCGACGGCGAUGAAUAUCAGGAUGAUCGUGUGAUAGCAACCUUACGUUUGAUGAAUUUCAUUCGUCGGAUUGGGAGAGACGAGAUCUACAUCAAGUAUGUCCAUCAGCUAGUCAACAUGCACCUUCAAAGUCAGAAUUUUGUUGAAGCAGCAUUGACUCUCAAAUUGCACGCUGACUUGUAUGAUUGGGACAUGACGAGCAUUGUCGACCCAAUGGAGGAGUUAAAUCUUCCUCGCCAAUCCCACUUCGAACGGAAAGAGAUGCUAUCUCUCCUUGUGCUUGAUUAUCUGGGCAAGGGUAAGGCCUGGGAGAUUGGUGUGGAGAUCUGCAAAGAGCUGGCGACUCAACAUGGGGAGGUCACCUUCAAUUAUCAAAAGCUUUCCGAGAUACUGAUGCAUCAAGCCACAUUGCUAGAUCGCAUUGUGAAUGAUCAGCGUUAUUAUCCCGAGUACUUCCGCGUUGGCUUCUAUGGUAAUUUCCCUGCUGCUCUGCAAAACAAGCAAUUCAUCUAUCGUGGGUAUGAAUGGGAGAAGUUCGGCGCGUUCUGCGAACGAAUGCUGAACAAGCAUCCUGUCGCACAAUUGCUGAAGCCAAAUGUGACACCCAACGAAGAGAUUAUGUAUGGAUCAGAGCAGUUCAUCCAGUGUGCAGUCGUAGUUCCGGAGCCCGACCGAAGUCACGUAGUCUUCCUCAACCCUGACGUACCUGCAGCGGUCCGGAACUAUUAUGAGCAUAGCGAGAUAAAUCUCUUCAGCUCCUCCCGGCCCUUCAGCAAAGAGGGUGCUUCAAGCGUAUCCUCCGAAUUCCGGGAUCGCGACAUUUGGGUGGAGAAGACGUACUUCCGAACUGAAGCCGCCUUUCCUACCGUUCUCAGACGAUCAGAGAUUGUCGACUCCAACGUUGAGGAAAUAUCGCCCAUCGAGGUUGCUCUGAACGAUGUCCUGCAGAAGACCAAAGAGCUCACGAAUCUGGAAGUCCGGUAUAACAACAUGUCAAGGACUGAACAACCUAUAUCGACAAACGCACUCUCAAUGUCACUUAACAGUGCUGUUGAUUCACCCGUCAAUGGAGGCGUCGGACUCUAUCGGCAAGCCUUCCUCGGUGCAGAUUAUCUACCACUUCAUCCUGAAAACGCAGCUUUGGUUCAAAGAUUACGAGACGCCAUUGAUGAGCAAGUUCGUGUCAUCGCCCGUUGUCUGCAGCUUCACGGCCGCCUUUGCCCUUACGAGAUGCAGCCAUUCCACCAGACUUUAGAGAAGUUCUUCCGCAAGAACUUCUAUGAAGAGAUACAGAGGCUUCCAGCGGUUACCACCGCAGAACUCAAUGGCGUGGGGACUCAUGCAGGAGAGCUGUUCUCCCCCGCGACUGAAGUCUUCGACGGGAUGUCUGACAUCACGAGUCUUGGACCGGACACACGCAAGCGAUCAAUGUCAUCGAGCCAAGCCAUCUCCCUUCCACCCAUCCAGCCUGUCUCGCACAUCCCCCUCAAUGCGUCAAUGUACUCGCGUAGCUCGGCGUCCAUGGACGCGCAUCGGCCAGAAGAUCUCUCCGUGGUGACAAUGACGCUGACACCUCUCCAGCGACAAAUAGCUCAUUUGUCAAGAAACGGCAUUCAAGGAUUAUCGGCAGGUCCAAAUGAUCGACAAAGUGAGGAGCCGAGCUCUCCGAACGCCUCAACUGUGAAUGUAGUAGAACCCUCCCUCCCAGUCCCUGCUACACGAACAUCUUCUGUGCCGUCGCUCAAUUCCCUCAAGAAGUCGACGUCUCGGCUUUCCAGACUUGGUCCCCUGAGCUGGGGGCGAAAGUAG